AUGGCUGAAUUUCUUCUUUCGCAUGGUGCAAAUAUUAAUAAAAAAGGUGUAUUAGGAAGUACAGUCCUUAUAUAUGCAGCAUAUUAUAAUAGUAAAGAAACAGCCGAACUUCUUCUUUCACAUGGCGCAAAUAUCAAUGGAAAAGAUAAAGAUGGAAAAACUGCUCUUCAUUAUGCAGCAAAAAAUAAUAGAAAAGAAACAGCCGAACUUCUUCUUUCACAUGGUGCAAAUAUAAGCGAAAAAGAUAAAAAUAGGAAAAACCAUUCUUCAUCAUGCAACAUAUAA